AUGAACUCGAACAAUGUCGAAGCGAAAGGCUUCUAUCUCUUCUCGGACAACUGUUCUGAGAAGGAGGAUUUCUACCACGCAAUGUUGCACGCCCAAGAGAACCAGAAAGACCCCACCGAUACAGGCUCGCCGUCCGUUCCGCUCAAGUUCGAUACACCCGAUCUUGUCAAGCUAGUCCAACAACUGCAUGCUUCGGAGGAGAACCUACAUACUCGUUGGAUCAAUGCGCUGAUUGGCAGGGUGUUUCUCGCUCUAUACAAGACCUCGCAAGUCAAAGACUUUAUCGCGAGUAAGAUCAACAAGAAAAUAGCCCGCGUGCCCAAGCCUGCCAUCAUCAGCAGCGUACAGCUACGCAAGGUCGACAUGGGCACCUCGCCGCCCUUCAUCACCAACCCCAAGCUCAAAGAGUUGACUGUCGAUGGCGAUCUCGUUGUGGAGGCGGAUGUUAGCUACAAGGGAAGCUUCCGCAUCGAGAUAUCAGCUACCGUACGAAUCGACUUGGGCACUCGAUUCAAAGCCCGCGAGGUGACACUUGUGUUGGCUGCCGUGUUGAAGAGGCUUGAUGGACAUAUUCUUAUAAGAGUCAAGCCCCCGCCUAGCAACAGACUCUGGAUGACAUUUGAGACGCCUCCGAAAAUGGAGUUCUCGCUUGAGCCAAUCGUCAGUUCGCGUCAGAUCACAUAUGGCGUUGUUCUGAGGGCCAUUGAGAAUCGCAUUCGGGAAGUAGUGAACGAAACGUUGGUGUUGCCCAACUGGGAUGACAUGCCAUUCACCGACACUAUUGCGCAGGUCAUAAGAGGAGGGAUCUGGGAGGAUAGCGCAAAGGACGAUGAGGAAGACGCAGACAAGACCAAGCAAGACGAAGCCACACUGGAGAGUGCGAUCUCGGAUGCUGAGAAGCUUGAUGAAAAGGCUGAUGCGGCAAGUACGCAUUUCUCCAUCGCCUCAAGUGUUGAUUCAGAAGAAGUUGGCACUGGUGUUUCUACGUCGACAGACCACAAGUCAUCCUCGGCGUCAAUAAGACCCCGCGCAAUGCGGUCGUCGUCGUCCGUGGCUCAAGUGAAGAUUGACUCGUCGAAUGCUUCUGCUGAGAUGUCAAACGACCGCACCAUGACGCCUACAAGUGUCAAGUCGCUUCCCGUCGCAUCGCCGAUGCAGUCGCCAAUGCGGCCUGGCAACGCACGCCAAAUGACGGAGUCAUCAGAAAGCUCGUCGGAAGACACAUCUGCUGCUUCGAUUUACGCAGCGAGUAUUGCCUCCGCACCAGUCCCGAACACGGAUCACUCACGCACCAAGUCGAGGGAGCUAUCUGCACAGGAAAUUGCCGCAGCCGCCGCCGCAGCAGCAGGAGCAAGCAACAUGGCGACAAAGAAACAGACCAUCAACCAAUCCCUCAACUCUGCCACAGCAGCAGCCAGGAACUGGCUCGCAGCCAAGCAGAACGCAAAGCCCAACACCAGUACCACCAACAGACCACCAACAUCCGAGGGCCCGAGCAUAGAUCACGACUCAUCGUCAUCGUCAUCUCUGGAUCCCCGCCCGCAACUCCACUCCAAUCCCUCGAUCUCGAAAUCCCACUCGGAACCCAUGGGCAGAGGCCAACCCCUCCCUCCCCCAGGCACACCUCUACCGCACCCCAAAACAGAAAAACGACAAACGUGGGCCAUCCCCGCAGCAGCCUCCUCCACAUUUGCGAAUCUCACGAAACGCAAACCCGUCGUCCCUGGUCCCAGCUCCCCCGCCGUCUCCAGCAAACACUCAGUCGAGGAUCUCAUCGAUAGCCCGAAAGCAGCACUAGGCACAGCCUCUCUCUUGCCCGCCGCACACUUCCCAGAUCAAGACACAAGGACAGGAGGCGGCGGAGAUGACGACGACGGGGAAGAUGUGUUUCGGGAGAUGCGGCGGAGGAAAAGCAGUGCUGGCAGUGCUGGUACUGCGCAUACUGCGAGUGAGCUCGCGACGCCGCCGCCGCCGUUGCCCAAACGCAGGCAGAGACAGCCGAGUUUGAAUCUGAGUGCGCAUACGAGGCGGGCGAGUCAGAAUCAGAAUCUGCCGCAGCUUGGUGGGGAGGGCGAGGGGUUGCUGGUUGUGGAGGCGCCGGUCGUGGAGGGUAGUACGGGGAGGGACGAUGAGGGGAGUAGGGAGAGGGGUGUUACGUGA